UAACCCUAGUUACCCUAUUAACCCCCGACCCCGAGCCUAAGUUCAUUCAACCUUCUUCCUUCAUCAAUGUCCACUCUCUCCCUUCAUUUUUAUUAUUAUAAAUAGGGACCCUUUCCCUUCUGUCUCUGUAGUCUGUCCCCAAGAGAGUAAUCCCUUUUCCUUUCAAAAUCAAACCAUUUUCCCUUUUAACUAUUAAACUCGCCAUUUUUUAAUCUCUCUUUUAACUACCUUUCUUUCUUUUCCUUCUCUAUUUUGAUUCAAGAACCUCAAGAUUGUUUUUUUUUGGGUAGUUUCGGGUCUACAUUUCAAAAACCCAGAAAGAUAACAUAUAUAAUUUCUGGGUUUUCGAGAAAAUUUACAAUUCCACGAAUUUAAGGUUGUUUCUUUGUUGUUGUUGGAUUUUGGGUUUGGGAAAUGGUGGUGAAGAUGAUGAGGUGGCGACCAUGGCCGCCUCUGGUUUCGAAAAAGUACGAGGUGAAGUUAAUGGUAAGGAGGUUAGAAGGGUGGGAUCUGAAAAGGGAAGGUGAGGAGAAGCCGGAGAAAUUAACGGUGGAGAUUCGAUGGAAAGGUCCAAAGGCUUCCCUUGGUUCUUUAAGGCGAACGGUUAAGAGGAAUUUCACUAAAGAAGUCGACGGCGGCGUUGGUCAGAACGGCGUCAUUAUAUGGGAUGAAGAGUUUCAAACCCCUUGUAGCUUAUCGGCUUAUAAAGACAAUGUCUUUCAUCCUUGGGAGAUCGCUUUCUCUGUCUUGAAUGGGCUGAACCAGGGACCAAAGAACAAGGCUACUGUUGUUGGGACGGCAUCGUUGAAUCUUGCUGAAUAUGCAUCUGUGGCUGAACAUAAAGAGUUUGAGAUAAAAAUACCGCUCACACUCUCCACUGGUGCCGCUGAGCCAAGUCCCCAACUCUGCAUAUCACUUAGCCUGUUGGAACUAAGAACUACUCAAGAAACCAGUGAGCCGGAACAGAGAGCUGUAGUGCCUAUUGCAUCACCUCUUCAGUCUGGAGAAAGUGUCACAAUGGAAAAGGAUGAGCUUUCUGCGAUUAAAGCUGGUCUUAGAAAAGUGAAAAUCUUUACCGAGUACGUUUCUACUAGGAGAGCGAAAAAAGCUUGUCGAGAGGAUGAAGGUAGUGAAGGAAGGUGUUCUGCUCGGAGUGAUGAUGGUGAGUAUCCACUGGACACCGAUUCACUAGAUGAUUUUGAGGAAGGAGAAUCGGACGAGGUAAAGGAUGACUCCACUAUUAGGAAGUCAUUUAGUUAUGGUACUCUGGCACAUGCGAAUUAUGCCGGGGGAUCAUUUUACUCCAGCGUGGGGAUCAGUGAGGAUUGGGUGUACUACAGCAAUCGGAAAUCAGAUGCCGGCUGCUCAAACUUUGAGGAUUCUGCUGCAUCGAUGUCAGAGCCAUCUCUUCUGCUGACUUCGAAGCGCAGCAUUUUGCCUUGGAGAAAAAGGAAGCUGACUUUCAGGUCUCCUAAAGUGAAAGGGGAACCACUGUUAAAGAAAGCCUAUGGAGAAGAAGGUGGAGAUGACAUUGAUUUUGACCGCCGUCAGCUUAGUUCUGAUGAAUCGCUUGGGUGGCACAAAACUGAUGAAGAUUCAUCUGUAAACCGUACAUCAGUUUCUGAAUUUGGGGAGGACAAUUUUGCGGUUGGCAGUUGGGAACAGAAAGAAGUGGUAAGCCGUGAUGGACUCUUGAAGCUUCAAUCCCAUGUCUUCUUUGCUUCUAUUGAUCAAAGGAGUGAGCGAGCUGCUGGUGAAAGUGCAUGUACAGCCCUUGUUGCUGUUAUCGCUGAUUGGUUUCAGAAAAACUGUGAUUUGAUGCCCAUUAAGUCUCAAUUUGAUAGUUUGAUAAGAGAAGGCUCAUUGGAAUGGAGGUACCUCUGUGAAAACGAAAUCUAUAGGGAACGGUUCCCUGACAAACACUUCGAUCUCGAGACAGUUCUGCAAGCUAAAAUACGUCCUCUUUCUGCAGUGCCAAGGAAGUCCUUUAUCGGGUUUUUCCAUCCUGAGGGGAUGGAUGAGGGACAAUUUGACUUUUUGCAUGGUGCAAUGUCAUUCGAUAACAUCUGGGACGAGAUUAGUCGUGCAGAAUGUCUGAACAGUCCUGAACCUCAGGUUUUCAUUGUUAGUUGGAAUGACCAUUUUUUUAUCCUGAAGGUUGAACCAGAAGCUUAUUAUAUCAUCGACACAUUAGGAGAGAGACUUUACGAGGGAUGCAAUCAGGCUUACAUCUUGAAAUUUGACUGUGAUACAAUAAUCCACAAGCUACAACCGAAUGUUUCUCAACCGUCAGAUGAUAAAUCAAAUGGCAAUCAGCUGGUACCAACGGCAGCUGCUGAACCAAAAAAUGUACAGGUUCAGGAUGGUUCCAUUGCAGGAGCUGUAGUUACCAAACCUGAGGAGCCGAUCAAGACUGAGGGCAAUGAGGAGGUUGUUUGCCGAGGCAAGGAAUCCUGCAAGGAAUACAUAAAGAGCUUUUUGGCUGCUAUACCUAUUAGGGAGUUGCAAGCAGAUAUCAAGAAGGGUUUAAUGGCGUCAACACCGCUACAUCGCCGACUACAGAUCGAAUUCCACUAUUCCGAGUUGUUACAACCACUACCCAAGACAUCUUCUGCGCCACACUUGGAUGAAGUUCAGUUAACUGAAGUCACUGCAUAGGAAGUUACUGUAAAUUCUAGGGAAGUGAUUAACUUGGUUCUUUUUCAUUUGUAUUUUUGUUAUGUGAACUGGGUUUAACAAAGAGGAACCCAUUUGAGCUUUUUUUUUCACUUGUUUCGAUCAGUUUGGCGAAAAAGACUUGUGUUUGUCUCAAGUUUGCUGGAAAAUGGAAAUAUAACAUUAACGUUUCUCAUA